GCACAUCGUAUUUAGCUCAGGGGUUCCGAGACUGAGUCAAGAAGAGAUGUAUAUCCGCUGGGGUUCUUCUGUCCUCGACCUUUUGCAGAUUUAGCUUGUCCAAGGCAGCAUCGAUCACGAUUGAAGUGAGUGGGGAUUGGAACCACUUCGCAAUUAUGUCUAUUACUCCUCCACUGGAGCUGGAUGCCCCGGCCACGACUCAAAGGCAAAUCUUGGUCACUGGCGGCGCUGGGUUCAUCGGCUCGCAUCUGGUUGAUCAUCUUUUGGCGGAAGGCGGCUGGCGGGUUGCCGUCCGCGACGCUCUGCACGAUGUCUUUGCCGAGAACGACUUCACCGCAAUUGUGCAUCUAGCUUCGCGGGCAGGUGUACGGCCGUCAUUGGAGAAGCCGGCUGAGUACGUCGAAACCAACCUGGGCGGCACGUUGAACAUGCUCGAAUGCGCAAAGGAAUUCGGCGUGAAGCAAUUCGUAUUCGGGUCUUCGUCGAGCGUCUACGGCUUGAAUACCAAGGUCCCCUUCUCGGAAGGCGAUGACACCCAGAAGCCCAUUUCGCCUUAUGCGGUAUCCAAGACGGCAUCCGAACUGAUGUGCCACACGUAUUCUCAUCUCUACGACAUCCGAUGCGUGUGUCUUCGUUUCUUCACCGUCUAUGGCGCACGACAGCGUCCAGACCUGGCGAUUCACAAAUUCGCAAAGCUGAUUCACAGCGGGAAGCCGAUUCCUGUAUUCGGCGACGGCACAACGCGCCGCGAUUACACCUACGUGGACGACAUCAUCCAAGGAGUCCGCGCGGCGGUGGACUUUAGGGGAUCUGACUAUGAGACCUUCAACCUGGGCGAGUCGCAGACGAUAGAGCUUCGAGAGUUGAUUGAGCUGCUCGAGGAAAGCCUCGGCCAGAAAGCGCUGAUCGAUCGUCGUGAGUACAACCCGGCGACGUGCCAAUUACGUUUGCGGACAUUUCAAAAGCGAGGAAGUCGUUGGGAUACCACCCGAAGACCAAGAUCGACCAUGGGAUUCCAAAGUUUGUCCAAUGGUUCCUCCAUCAAAACCAGCUUGUCAAGAACUAGAAGAAAGGAGAUAGACUUAUGAAUUGGUUACUAAGCUCGAGUUAAACAUAAUUUAUAUUUAAUAAAUGGCACUUGAAUGGACUGGGUAUAUGGUCUGUAUUGUUGAUACUAUUGUUGGUGUUUUUGUUUUUUUUACGGUUGAGCUUCUAGUCCC